AUGUCUGACCUCAAAAUCGCCUCCGUUCAGUUCGAAAAUGCUUCCGGAGAUAAGCAACAAAACCUAUCCACCAUCGCCCGACUGACCCGGCAAGCCGCGGACAGGGGAUGCAAGGUGGUCGCGUUUCAUGAAUGCUCGAUCAGCGGGUACACAUUCGCCAGCCGGCUAUCCCGGGAGGAGCUUCAUUCCGUCGCGGAGGUUGUGCCCGACGGACCGAGCGUUCAAUUCCUGGUCCGACUAGCAAAGGAAACUAACACCACUAUUCUGGCUGGACUUUUUGAACGGGAUGGGGACAAUGCAUUGUAUAACACUUAUAUCUGCGUUGAUGGAAGUGGACUUGUUGCGCGAUAUCGCAAGAUACAUCCUUUUAUUAGUCGUCAUCUUUCGGCCGGCAAUGAAUACGUGGUGUUUGAGAUUCAGGGCUGGAAAUGCGGCAUUUUGAUCUGCUACGAUAACAAUGUAAUCGAGAACGUGCGUGCUACGGCGCUGCUGGGUGCUGAGAUUAUCUUCAUGCCCCAUGUUACCAUGUGUACUCCUUCGACGCGUCCCGGGGCCGGAUUCGUUGACCCGGAGUUGUGGCAGCGGAGGGAGGAGGAUCCCACAACGCUGAAAGCGGAGUUCAAUGGGCUCAAAGGAAGGGCCUGGCUGAUGAAAUGGCUUCCUGCUAGGGCAUACGACAACGCCGUCUAUUGUGUAUUCAGUAACCCGAUUGGGAUGGAUGAUGACCAGCUGAAGAACGGGUGCUCUAUGAUUCUGGAUCCGUUCGGGGAUGUUGUUGAUGAAUGCACGGAGCUCGGAGAGGGGAUGGCCAUGGCACUUUGCACGAGACGAAAGUUGACAGAUGCUGGCGGUAGUCGAUAUCGGUUGGCACGGAGGCCCGAACUGUAUAGCCAAGUUAUUGGACAGACUCAUCAGAGUCGCCAGAAUGUUUCUUGGUUAGCGCAUGAUCAGAAGAAUUAG